AUGGAGGAAAUCAAGCUUGAGGAGGGCGCAAACGACGCGCAGGUGAAGCAGGAGACCAACACCCCCAUGAGCAUCACGAAUGGUGACCACGAAAGCUCCCGCUCGCCGACCGCCUCUCAGGACGGCCUCAAGUCGCGCAGCGAAAGCGCAGACACGCCAAGCUCAAACAGGCCCUCAAAGCUUUCUCGAAAGGCUUCUCAGAAAUUAGCCGCCAGUCGCGAACCCGUCCUGUUCGACCACCUCCCCGACAUGACCGCAGAGUCCUGUAAAUUCUUCCAGCGCAUCCCCGACUGCCUCUACGGCUCAAAGCACCUUGGAUCUACAGAUAACGACGCCUUGGACUGCGAGUGUCGGGAUGAAUGGCACGAUGGCAAGAACCUUGCCUGUGGCGAGGAUUCGGACUGUAUCAACCGGGCGACAAAAAUGGAGUGCAGCGCUGAAGGAGGAAAUUGCGCAGGGGGCUGCCAGAACCAACGGUUCCAGCGCAAGCAGUACGCCAAUGUGUCGGUCAUCAAAACUGAAAAAAAGGGGUUUGGCCUACGCGCCGAUUCGGAUCUACAACCCAACGACUUCGUUUUUGAGUACAUCGGCGAGGUCAUUAACGAGCCUACUUUUCGGCGUCGCAUGAUCCAGUACGAUGAGGAGGGUAUCAAGCACUUUUAUUUCAUGUCCCUGAACAAGAGCGAGUUUGUCGACGCAACAAAAAAGGGCAAUUACGGUCGCUUUUGCAACCACUCUUGCAACCCCAACUGCUAUGUUGAUAAAUGGGUGGUCGGCGACAAACUUCGCAUGGGCAUAUUCACCUCGCGCAAGAUUCAAUCUGGAGAAGAGUUGGUGUUUAACUACAAUGUUGACCGCUACGGUGCGGAUCCCCAACCUUGCUACUGCGGGGAACCCAACUGCGUGGGUUUCAUUGGAGGCAAGACACAAACCGAGCGAGCAACCAAGCUUCCUGCAGCCACAGUUGAGGCUCUGGGUAUCGACGGAGGCGAUGGCUGGGAUACUUCGGUCGCCAAGAAGCCCCGAAAGAAGAAGCCCGACGAGGACGAUGAGGAAUACGUCAACAGCAUACGGCCGCGCAGUCUCAGCGAGGAUGAUGCUCGAAAGGUUAUGGCCGCGCUUAUGCAGUGCAAGGAGAAAUGGAUUGCAGUAAAGCUUCUGGAUCGUAUCCUGCAGUGCGACGAGGAACGCGUCAUUCACUGCGUUAUGCGGAUGCAUGCUUACCAAAUCCUGAAAACGACACUUAACACGUUUAUUGAUGACCACAAUGUCGUCCUUCAGGUUUUGGACAUUCUCGACAAGUUUCCCCGCCUGACUAGGAAUAAAGUCCAAGAUUCCAAGAUUGAGGCAACCAUUGAAGGUCUGACCCAAUCCGAGCACGAAGACGUCGCAUCAAAAUCCAAACAUUUGCUCGAUGAAUGGAGCAAACUAGAGGUGGCGUACCGAAUCCGGCGACGCAAAUUUGACCCCAAUGCACCAGCUGCAAACUCAUUCGAGGAACGUCGCGGAGUAGGUCGUGAAGAGGAGACAGUCCAGUCUACUUCCAAGACUGCAUCGCCAACUCCCAUUGACGCACCCAAGGGUCCCAGAAACAGCAUGCCCCAAAGGAAUAACGCGUUUUUCCAAAAUGGCGGUCGUCCUAGGCGGCCUCCGUUCAACGCAUCACUUCCUCAAGGAUGGUUCACUGCCAAGGACGCUGCUGGUAACACCUACUUUUAUACCAAGCAGGGUGCCACUACCUGGCAAAGACCUACCCAGCCCGCCACAGAGCCCGCUGCAAAAGCACCUUCCAAGGCCAUGAAGGAGCAAUUAGCAAUUCAGAGUAUUAUCAAUCAGGUUACUGAAAAAGGAACCCCAAAACACACUUCCGUGUCAACCCCAAAGGCGGCCGAAACACCGCCCAAGGAGGUGAAAGAGGAGAAAUGGCGAUCUCUUCCGGUCGACAAACGGAUGAAGAUUUACGAGAAUACUCUGUUUCCCCACAUCAAGCAUGUCCUCGACAAAUUCCAUCACAAACUUCCUAAGGAGGAGCUGAAACGCUUUGGUAAAGAUAUAGCUAAGAAGCUGGUCGCGUCCGACUUUAAGAACAACCGAGUCGAGGACCCCGGUGCACCUCUCAGUGACAAGCAAGUCAAAAAGAUAAAGCAGUAUGUAAAAGACUUUUUGGAUCGCGCCGUUAAGAAAUACGGCGAGCAUAAACGGAAAGCGGACGAAGACGCAGAUACCCAGAUGAAAGACGAUCAAGAACCCAGUGCUGCAGGUAGUGGCGCUGGUUCUGUAGUUGAUGGGUCAGACGGCACCUCUCUAGCUAAGGUUGACGGAACGUCGAUGGGCGAAGUAGACGCUACUGCGGUGUCAGACAGGGAGGGUACCGGUUCUCUGGGCAGUCCUGAUCGUAAGCGAAAGAGGGAUUUAGACACAAGUGGCUCGCCAUAUGUCACUUCGACGGAUGGACCGAACAUGAAGAGACUGAGAGAGGACGAGCUGGAAGCGCCAAGUCCGCCGCCUCCUCCCCCGCCUCCUCCACAGUCAGAUAUGGAUGAGGUUGUCACUGCUGAGCAGGAGGCUCUUCGUGAGCAGGAAGAGGCAUUAAUGAGGGAAAACGAAGAGGCGCAGAGGCUUGAGGACGAAGCUUCCCAUACGACGGGAUUGGAGGACGUAUUGGAUGCUUCCAACGAGAUAUCUCGGCUUAAUAAGGAGGCUCGAAAGCCCGGCUCUCAGAAGAUGCCGGCGUGA